AUGCAUUCUUUUUUCUCUUCUGAUAACAAAAACCAACGUCGUAAAUUGAAUAAAGAAAAUAUUGUACGCUUGGUGUUUCCGUCACUUUCUACUGGUCUUGGUAAAGUCCCAAUUGGAGAAGCUGUCCCUGUGGCUUGCAAUGUAAUCAAGGAAUUCCUAUCCAAACAUAAAUUUAAUGAACAUAACAACGAUGAUAUUGGAUCCGUUGAAUUAAUACUUUACGAUCCGGAUCCGAAUGUAUUAAAAGCUUAUGAAACGCAAUUAAGUCAAGAUAUUAAAGAAACUCGAUUGCGCCUAGUCAACGAAUUGUUUACAGAUAAAAUGUCUUUUAUUUCUGGUUUAGAAUCAAGAAAGAUUCUUGAAGCCAUCGGACCUGUAUUAGCUUCAGAGAUAAAAAAGGCGUAUUCAAAACCUGGAAUAAUUAUAUAUGUGGUUUCACCAAAUGUGAGUUCAACGCAAUCGAAUCCUGUCAUAAUAUCCGAAUCAAAAAAACUGUUGAGCGACGCGUAUAGAUCGAUGUUUGAUGCAUUUCUAUGCAUUAUACGUGGCGAGAAAUAUACACCCAAAGGACAAGAAGAAAAAUCUAAAACAGAGAGCAAGGAAAAACCUAAGUCAGCUUUUGACGUUCUGAUGCAGGGAUCUCGUGAUUCUAGUUCUUCCACUUCAAAGUCUUCGUUCGGCAAAAAAGCCAAUAAAGGAUUUCAUUGGCAAAAUGCUCUUCUCGGAUAUCUUGAAAACCCGGAGAAAUAUCCCGAUAAUGAAGUGUACUUUUAUGACAACGAAUUUGUUAUCAUUUGGGAUAAAUUUCCAAAAGCAAAAAAGCAUUUUUUGGUGAUGCCAAGACGUAGGAUUAAUUUUAUUGAUGAGUUGACCAGUGAUGAUUUACAAUUGAUUCAAACGAUGAAAGAGAAAGGCGAGUGGGUUAUUGAGAGAAUAAAACAAGAAGAUCCCAAACUUCGAUUUCGAAUGGGAUUUCAUACAGUACCGAGUAUGAAACAACUUCACAUGCACGUAAUCUCACAAGACUUUAUCUCACCAACAUUAAAAAAUAAAAAACAUUGGAAUUCAUUUACCACCGAGUUUUUCAAAGACCCAGACGAGAUAUCAAAAACAUUGCAGGAAAACGGAAAAAUUCACUUCGAUAAAGACUUUUACGAAGAAUUAUUGAAAGCUCCCAUGAAAUGUCAUUUAUGCAAAAAGAAAAUGAAUACCGUUCCAGAGUUGAGAGAACACUUGUUGAAGCAUUGGAAUAAUGAAUAG